GAGAGGGGAGGAGAGCGUGCAAGCGGAAGAGACGGGCCCCUUCCACCGACUCCCGAGCGCCAGGCCCUCUUUCUGGCUUCUCAGCGAGCCGGCGACAGCGGCGGCGGCUGGAAGAGUCUCCCGGCCGAGGGCGGCAGCCAACUGCUGUGAGUGCACGGGGAGAGGCCCAGGCGGCGGCGGCGGCAGUAGCAGCAGCAGCGCUCGGGUUGCGGUGAAGAAUGUCAGCCACUAGCGUGGAUCAGAGACCUAAAGGGCAAGGAAAUAAAGUUUCAGUACAAAACGGUUCGAUUCAUCAAAAAGAUGCUGUAAAUGAUGAUGAUUUUGAGCCAUACUUAAGUAGCCAGACAAAUCAGAAUAACAGCUAUCCACCCAUGUCAGAUCCGUACAUGCCUAGUUACUAUGCUCCAUCCAUUGGAUUUCCAUAUUCUCUUGGGGAAGCAGCAUGGUCCACGGCUGGAGACCAACCUAUGCCAUAUCUGACAACCUAUGGACAAAUGAGUAAUGGAGAACAUCACUAUAUACCAGAUGGUGUGUUUAGUCAGCCUGGGGCAUUAGGAAAUACCCCUCCAUUUCUUGGUCAACAUGGAUUUAACUUUUUUCCUGGUAAUGCUGAUUUCUCUACAUGGGGGACAAGUGGAUCUCAGGGACAAUCAACACAAAGUUCUGCUUAUAGCAGCAGUUAUGGCUAUCCACCUAGUUCUCUUGGGAGAGCUAUUACGGAUGGACAGGCUGGAUUUGGCAAUGAUACUUUGAGUAAGGUGCCUGGCAUUAGCAGUAUUGAGCAAGGCAUGACUGGACUGAAAAUUGGUGGUGACCUGACAGCUGCAGUGACAAAAAAUGGAGGAACAGCUUUGAGCAGCAGUGGUAUGACUAGCAUUGCAACCAAUAGCGUGCCCCCAGUUAGCAGUGCGGCGCCUAAACCAACCUCCUGGGCUGCCAUUGCCAGAAAGCCUGCCAAACCUCAGCCGAAACUUAAACCCAAGGGCAAUGUGGGAAUUGCUGUGCCACCACCUCCUAUAAAACCCAACAUGAAUAUUGGAACUUGGGAUGAAAAGGGGUCAGUGCCACCACCAUUGGUGCAAAGCCAACUGCCUCAACCGCAGCCUCAGCCACCACAACCACAGCAGCAACAAGGACCUCAGCCACAGGCCCAGCCUCACCAAGUGCAGCCCCAGCAGCAGCAGCUGCAGAAUCGCUGGGUCGCUCCUCGAAACAGGGGGGCUGGCUUCAACCAGAACAAUGGAGCGGGCGGUGAAAACUUUGGUUUAGGUGUUGUUGCUGUCAGCGCUUCACCUUCAAGCGUAGAAGUGCAUCCAGUGCUGGAAAAGCUAAAGGCCAUAAACAACUAUAAUCCCAAAGACUUUGACUGGAACCUGAAGAACGGACGUGUGUUUAUCAUUAAAAGCUAUUCGGAGGAUGACAUACACCGUUCCAUUAAGUACUCUAUCUGGUGUAGUACUGAGCACAGUAAUAAGCGUUUGGAUGCAGCUUACCGUUCCCUGAAUGGGAAAGGCCCACUCUAUUUGCUCUUCAGUGUGAAUGGCAGUGGACAUUUUUGUGGAGUGGCUGAGAUGAAGUCUGUUGUGGACUACAAUGCGUAUGCUGGUGUCUGGUCUCAGGAUAAGUGGAAGGGCAAAUUUGAAGUUAAAUGGAUCUUUGUCAAAGAUGUUCCCAAUAACCAGUUACGGCAUAUUCGCUUAGAAAAUAAUGACAACAAACCAGUUACCAAUUCAAGGGACACUCAAGAGGUACCCCUAGAAAAAGCUAAGCAAGUGCUUAAAAUAAUUGCUACUUUCAAGCAUACCACCUCAAUCUUUGAUGACUUUGCACAUUAUGAAAAGCAUCAAGAAGAGGAGGAAGCCAUGCGUAGGGAGAGAAAUAGAAACAAACAAUAACCAUAUGAAGAUGUCCUGUUAGAAUUACAACACUAAUGAUGUAGACUCUGGAAAUGCCUAAUAAGUCAAAGAAGAUGUUAUUAAAGCUUUUUUCUGCUUAAGGUGACAUCUUUGAACUCUAACACAGAAAUGACUCUUCUUGUAAUGGUUUUCAUCAGCGCACCUGCCCUUAUGCUCUCACCAAACACACUUGAGAACUGUAACUUCGUCAAGCACUUUCUGUCCUGAAGCUUUUACCAGUAUCUGCUGUCUUUUGUAAUUAUGCAUCCUAGCUAAGGCACAGAAGACUGAAUGAAUGCGAGGAUUCAUUAACUCUUUGAAUUUGUUAAAUACUAACAGUUAACCAUUAGAAGUGGUUCAAUGAUGUAAGAGUCA